AUGGUCACAAAUGGCAACUGAAGAUAACGUCAGAUUUGUAAGAUAUCUAUUUGAAUUGGGCGUUGGCGGGAGACAGGCACUUAGAGAAAUCAUUAUCAGAGAAGUCAGCAGCCGAAGUCAGCCAUUAGAAAAUCUCCUUUCAGAAAAUAGACACCGAUUUAAGUCUGAUGAGCUCCUUACACAGUUGUUUCAAGCAGAUGGUAAAAUAAACACCAACAUUGAACAAUGGGAUAUACGACUACUUUACAAUGUUAUAAAAUCGUUGUUUUGGUCGUCUAUUUCGUCAAGAGAAAGAGGUGCGAUAAAAACAUUGAAUUCUCAUAGAAAGGAUGUACAAAGAAAUCCCGAUGGCACAAGUGUGAUGGAAGUAGAGUACAGAACCAUCCGUGAUGAUUUAAGGACAGCAAUUUUUGAUAUUGCCGAAGCCAUGGACGGAACAAGAAGACAACAAUUGCGUGCCAUUGUCAGUAGAUCUGGAGCAGCAGACCUUGACAUACAGUUUGCUUUAAGACAAAUUUGCGAGCUUAACGAGUUUGCUGAUGACUUAUUGCAAUCUUUGGAACAAAGGUUUCGAGAGACAAAUAGAGGAGUCGAUCGGCGUAGAGUAAAUACAUCUUUCCGAGCAGUGGGAGCAAUUUCGAAGAAUGUUGAAGUAGAGGAGAAUUCAGAUGUACAGAACCAAGAAAAUGAUACUUAUAUGACAGACAUUCAUGGUUCUGCAUUGGAAAUACAAGAAACAAAUAAUAACGCAGGGUUUCACCAGGUUCAUUCAGAUUUCUCUAUAGGUAUUUCCAUUGUUAUUUUUCUCUUAUAUUUAAAAGGACUUGACAAAUGUUUUUUGGCAUGAUUACACCGGGAAAUGCAUCACACAAAAAUCGACUUCCAAUUCAAUUCAGCCUUGACUCAAUUUCUUUAUUAUUGUUUGCAUAUUUUUAGAUGUGAUUGCUGCAGUUGCUUUAUUAAAGAUACUUAAAUAUUGUAUCAAUUCCAGGCUUCUGAACAUCAGUGGAGCCCAUUUAAUACAUUUUUGCACUGCUCACUAUUUAAACAGUAAUAACAUGUUUCAUAUAAAUUUAUGUCUUUGUUUAAAAGUUUUCCGUGUAUUUCUUCAGACCGGUAUGUUGUAUCAUUUUACAAGGAAUUGAUUCAUGUUUUCAAAAGGGGAAUAAAAAU